CGGCGCGAUGGACCUGCUGUCCGCGGCGCCAGCAGCUGCUGCGGCUGAGACGGAGGCGGACGAGGAGGUGGACCCGCCGGCGGCAGCUGCGCUCACCUUGUCUCCAGCAGACUCACCACCCGCGGCCCAGGUCAGCGAGCCGAGGGCCCCGGACUCCAGUCGGAUGCAGGUGCCGCCGGGGAACCCACUGCUGUUGUCGCUCACGCUGCAGGAGCUGCUGGCCAGGGACGCCGUGCAGGUGGAGCUCAUCCCCGAGAAGAAGGGCCUCUUCCUCAAGCACGUGGAGUAUGAGGUUUCCAGCCAGCGCUUCAAGUCCUGCGUGUAUCGGCGGUACAAUGACUUCGUGGUCUUCCACGAGAUGCUGCUGCAGAAGUUCCCGUACCGCAUGGUGCCGGCCCUCCCGCCCAAGAGGAUGCUGGGAGCUGACAGGGAAUUCAUCGAGGCCCGGAGGAGAGCACUGAAGCGCUUCAUCAACCUGGUGGCCCGGCACCCGCCCUUCUCCGAGGACGUUGUUCUCAAGCUGUUCCUGUCCUUCAGUGGCCCCGAUGUGCAGAACAAGUUAAAGGAAUCCGCUCAGUGUGUGGGAGACGAGUUCAUGAAUUGCAAGCUGGCUGCUCGGGCCAAGGACUUCCUCCCAGCCGACAUCCAGACUCAGUUCGCCAUCAGCCGGGAGCUGAUUCGCAACAUCUACAACAGCUUCCACAAGCUUCGCGAUAGGGCCGAGCGGAUGGUGUCGCGGGCCAUCGACAAUGCUGCUGACCUUCUCGUAUUCGGGAAGGAACUGAGUGCUUUAGGGUCUGACACGACCCCGCUCCCCUCCUGGGCCACUCUGAACAGUAGCACGUGGGGGUCCCUCAAACAGGCGCUGAAAGGCCUGUCCGUUGAAUUCGCGCUGCUCGCUGACAAGGCGGCGCAGCAGGGCAAACAGGAGGAGAACGACGUGGUGGAGAAACUGAACCUCUUCCUGGAUUUGCUCCAGUCCUAUAAAGACCUCUGCGAGCGGCACGAGAAGGGUGUGCUGCACAAGCACCAGCGGGCGCUGCACAAGUACAGCCUGAUGAAGAGGCAGAUGACGAGCGCCGCCACGCAGAACCGCGAGCCCGAGUGUGUGGAGCAGCUGGAGUCCCGCAUCGUGGAGCAGGAGAACGUGAUCCAGACGAUGGAGCUUCGCAACUACUUCUCCCUGUACUGCCUGCACCAGGAGACGCAGCUGGUCCACGUCUACCUGCCCCUUACCUCCCACAUCCUCGGGGCCUUCGUCAGCUCCCAGAUCCAAGGGCACAAGGAGAUGAGCAAGGUGUGGAAUGACCUGCAGCCCAAGCUACAGCGCCUCUUCGCUGGACCGCACGGCGCCCCAAGCCCACCGAGGUCCCCGCAGGACGGCCUGUCUCCUCACUAGUGCCGGGAGGACGAGGGCGGCAGCUGCGGCGCCCUCACUAAAACUUCUUUCCAAAUGGUGUGUUCCUGUUUGAUUCCCUUCACGUGUGGCUGCCCCGACCCCGAGGGGGCCCGGCGUUGGGCUGCAGCCCCUUGUGGAGGAGCUGACGCCCGGGCGGGCUGGGGCUGGGUCCCGGUGGCUGUGGCUCCCCUCCCCUCGCGGGGAGCAAGGCUGAGGACGCGCACUAGGCCGCCGGGCAUCGACCGAAGCCGCGGCCACACGGGGUCUGUCCUGGUUGCCCUCGACCCUGCCCGGCCCUCCCGACGCGCACCGUGGCCUGUUAGUCUGGUGGCGAGAGCGUUGAGUCCCUGGAAUGGUUUUCUCCCAGGACCCACAGAGGGUGAGGCGGCAGGGAUGGUUUUCACACAGCAGAUUGUGCAGGGGGGCGUGUGCAGGGGACCCCAUGUGCUAGAACAGUCGGGAGGGUUCUGGAAUAGCUGAGCGGGGAGAGGGGGACAGGACCGUCCCCGCGGCCGGCGUGCUGCCGUCGGAUGGCGGUGGCCGUGUCCCACACGGAACUGGUCAGCGAGACCUUCCGCUGCGGCCCGCAGACAGCCGUGGCCGUGCGAGCGGGAGCCCGAGGGUCCCUGGGCCCAAACUGUGAGUGAGUCCUGGCGGCCCUGGCGUCUGUGUCCCUCCCUGCACGGCACGCACACGUGUGCACGCUCACACUGUGACCCUGUUGAGUGCCCGGCGGUCUGAGGUGUGGAGCACAAAGCGGGGACCGAGGCGUCUGGAGGUUCGUGAGCCGGUGCUUCCGCCGUCUGUCCAGGUGCAGGCGGCUGCCGGUCUGUUCUUGGGAGGCCACACCGUGAGCGUCGAGGCUGGCAGGGCAGUGGGCUCUGCACGGGGGAUCUGUGUCGCUCUGGUGACCCCCUGUUACACCGACUUCGCUUCUUCAGGGCAGCAGGAACCCUCCUUCCAGCCUCCCUGGCACGCUUGCCGGCCCAGGGCCUGCUCCGAGGGGGCGGCCGUCUGGAGCCAUGUGGGCUUAUGUCCGCCUGGGGCCUGGGUGUGUCCUGCCCUGAACCCCUGUUGUGUAAGUGCCCCCUGUCCUUCACCGUUCUCACUGGCUUGGGAGGGCGUUGGAGGAGGUCGACUGCACCGCAGGGUCUGAGAUCCCUGCCUUCCUGCAACACGUGCCUGGUUCUGGGGGUUUGCCCUCGGUGUGAGGCACGCACGUGGGACCCAGAGGCUCCGGGUGGCACCAGGCUUCCCUGGUGAGCUGACACACGUCACAGACCAGGGCAAAGUGAGCGUGCCCGCCUGGGCCUGGGCUCACCCACACGUGGAUCCUGCCUGUGCCAGCAAAGCCACAGGCGUGCGGGGAGGCCAGCUGCACCCCACCCCGCUGGAGCCCCACGGCAGCCAACGUGUGCCUUCCUGUGCCGGGCUCCCAGUCUCCUGGAGGACGAGGAGAGGGGCGGUGUGCCCCCGGAGCCUGGCCAGCAGGGGCCGUCUGUGCCAUUUGUCCCUUUGUGGGCUGUUUCUGCGUUUUGCUCUCUCUGUGUAGAAACGGGUUCCCAAGCACUUUGCGUGGCUCUGUGCUGCCCUGCAGGUUGGUCCCCGGGUGCUGUGUACGCUUGAGCCGUAGCGCGUGACCACCGGCCUCUGCUGUCCUGGCCCCGCGGCGGUGGCUGCGCACCCCCGAGGUCUGCCCGUGGGUGGUGACGGACACGAGGCCACGGGACGGCGGAGAGCGGGGGAGACGCCCCGGCCGCGUGGUGGGCGGUGGCGCAGCGGCACGGAGGGCGGGGAGCGUCUGCCCGGUCAGGUUGAGGCUUGCUCUCCCCACACGGGUCACCAGGCAGAGCUCUGACACCAAAGACUUCAGACGCACUUCCCAGGAGAGAACCCUCCUGGCGGGACCAACCCCCGCGUGGAAACCAGGAGCACGUUCUCGGCUGGAGGCCUGGCCUCGCUCUCCUCAGGGGCUCACCUGCAGGGCGCUUUCUGGUCCACGCGCCCCCGCCCCAGGUGCUGGAAAGGGGUCAGCGGGAAGGUGCUGGAGUGACCAUGUCCCCCUCGCGUGGCAGCUGGGGGCGCAGAGGCACCUUUUCCACAAAGCUCCCCGUCCGCCCUCCACCCGGGCUGCCGCUGGGUUCCCGGGCUCGGCGGGCAGGGUUUUCUGCUCAGUGCUUGCUCGGGGAAGGGGGGAGAGGCUGCUCCAGCUCCACGGUGGGCCCGCAGGCCUCUGCGUCCGAGCUUCCCUCGCACCCGGGGGAGCCUGGCCACAGCCCCGUGAAAGGACGUCCGCUUCCGCUUUCCCGAUGGCAGCCCUUCGGCCGCUCCCGUCCCGUAGGGCUGAGUGCGGCUCACCACUGCCUUAGCCCGGCCCAAGGCGUGUGCCUUCAGGCCACGUCCCUGCAGCCUGUGUCCGGCUGACUCGGUGGUGACCCACAGCGAUGUUCCAGUCAGCGGGCGAAGACGCAGAGUGGGGAGGGAGGACGUGGCCAAGGCAGGCUGCCGUGGGGACACGGGGCUCGGGCUGCCGGAGGUCAGGACGGUUCUGUGUCUGAGGCCCUUCCUCUUGCUUUGCGUUGAGUCUGGUUAUGUACGAAGCACUUUAUACGGCUGCAGGGAUCAAUGACCAUCACACCCAGUUAACUGGAAUUGUUUACAAAUGAGCUACGUUCCGAGAUUUUUAUCACUGAACUUACAUGAACAACUAUCAUUAAACGUGUUUAUAAAAGUUG